AUGUCAAGACCAGAGGAGCUUGCUCCACCAGAAGUGUUCUACAAUGAUUCAGAAUCAUUCAAAUAUACAUCAUCAACACGUGUGCAACAUAUCCAAGCCAAAAUGACCUUGCGUGCGUUAGAACUUCUCAAUUUGGAAAAAGAUGCACCACAAUUUAUACUUGAUUUAGGUUGUGGUUCAGGAUUAUCAGGAGAAAUCUUAACCGAAGAAGGAUAUGACUGGGUGGGGAUGGAUAUAUCCCCAAGUAUGUUGGCAACAGGACUAGAUCGAGACGUUGAAGGAGAUUUAUUUCUUGCCGAUUUAGGUAAUGGAAUACCAUUCCGUGCUGGGACUUUCGAUGCUGCGAUAUCCAUAUCAGCAAUUCAAUGGCUAUGUAAUGCCGAUUCAGCCAAUGUCGAUCCCAAAAAGAGACUAUUACUAUUCUUCAAUACCCUAUACGCAUCCUUAAAACGAGGUGGUAAAUUUGUGGCUCAAUUCUAUCCCAUGAAUGAUUCACAAACUGAAAGUAUAAUGAGCGCGGCAAAAUUAGCUGGUUUUGGAGGUGGGCUAAUAAUAGAUGAUCCAGAACUGAAGCGUCACAAGAAGUAUUAUUUGGUUUUAACUGCUGGUUUAGCCGAACGUAAUAUAAAUUUAGCAGGUGCUGAAAUGGAAGCUCCUGAUGAAAAGAAUCUGAGAUUGAACAGGAAAAAGAGGAAGUUGAUGGAGACUAGAAAAGAAUAUAUCAAUAGAAAGAAGGAGACCAUGAGAAAGAGGGGUCGUAUGGUUGCUGAAGAUUCUAAAUUCACUGGUCGUAAGAGAAAAUCACGUUUUUAA